CUUUCGUACCAUCGUAUCAUCGUACAAACGGAUGCAUGGCACACGGGCUUUAGAUGUGUAAAUGCGAUAUGGUGAGCCAAGUUAAUGUGUUUUGUCGAGGCGGCAACUUACCAGUGAGUCAAUUGAGCAACAAUCAGCAAAACAAGCAGCAAAACUGCAAUCAUUUCGGGUCAAUCCCUUAACCCACCUAAACCCAGGUGGAUUUAAGACUGAGGCUGCGCUCCCGUGCCGCCAAGAUAAUCUUUAUCUUAUCAAUUGGAGUGAAAUGUGCCAUCAAAUCGCCCGUAAAGUCAGUCAAAUAUUGACAAAAACCCAGUCAGUACCAGCCGGUUUGUUGCUAUUUUAAGGUGCCUAAACACGCUCAACAUGGAGGGCGACGGCGUCCAAUUGGAGUUCCUCUGGGGGUGUGAGACGCCGCCAUGGCGGUGCUGAUGCGGCGUCUGCUCAUCGAUGCUCAGGCAAAGCUUCGCAGAAUGGUAGAAGAACAUUCCUCCUCCUUAGCCGCCCGGAUAGAAUCCGAUUACCCCAGUCCGGCCCCCGUUCCCUUUUCCAGCCCCGCUUGCGCCGCUCAGGAGGCGAAAAUCGCCGACGCUGCUGACGUGCCCGCCCCUACGCUUGCGCCCGCCCGCCGCGAUUUGCUGAAAACGCUGUCAACUGACGCCGACACUGCCCAAACCAGUGGCGUUCCUGCCGUUAAAUUGAAGAACGGCGGCAUCCAAGAGACGCGGCGCAGCCAGUCUUUGAACAUUUCGGUGGACUCCAACGACGAAGUCAACAAGAGGGACGUCCACAAGACCAGAUCGGAUCCAGUGAAAUGCGAUUUGGAGACUGAACCGAACAGAGAAACAAUGACAAUACAGCAGAGCGCCAGUCCUGUCAAGGACAGCCGCUCCUCACCAGAAAACCAGCGAUCCGAUUCGCCCAAGCCCGGAUGUAGCAGCCAACCAGAUAUGGACUCGUCCUCACCACGAUCGGCCAGAAGUUCCGAAGGAGGCAACCCGGAUGAUCUAUUGGCGCUGCUGCCCUCUCCAUCGAACUUUCCCAAGUCUUCCUCGGUCAUCAGGCGACUGCGGCAGGACAACGACAGAUUGCAAGCCGAAGUGACUCGUUUGCGGCGUUUGGUAGUAUCGGGCGCCAGUGGCAUCCUCAGCGAAAGAAAAGCGCCUGCUGAGGGCGCGAACAGCGACCCGCUCGAAAUGGAGUUGCAACUGGCCAAGGAAGCGCUAACAACUCUGAAGGCCGACAAGCGCCGAUUGAAGGCCGAGAAGUUCGAUCUGCUCAACCAGAUGAAGCAGCUGUUCUCCACGCUGGAGGACAAAGAGAAGGAGCUGCGCGAUUUCAUCCGCACCUACGGGCAGCGGGUGAGAGACGAAACGUCGCUGCAGCAACUGUCCACCGAACGGGAGGAGCGGGAGAGGGAGCGAUGGAGCCUCUUGAGACAUGCCAGAGACGAAGCCGAGCGCAGCCUGUCGCUGGCGGCCCAACUCAACGCCAAAGAACUGCAGCUGCAGCAGGCUCAGGAGCAACUCGCCGAGGCGCGGCGACAAUUGGCUGCAGGCGGUUGCCUCUCCGACCAAGAGUCGUUAGCUUCGCUGCCCCGCCACAGCAUCAAUGGGGGCGCCCUCACUCCAGGCUCAGGGGGGCUGCUGUCGGGGCACUUGGGGCUGUUGCCCGGAGACCGGGGGAGCUGCAGUGCGGACUCGGGGGUGCGCGUCAGCUCCGACCGGGAGAGCGGAGGCGCCACCUCCAUAACCGGCAACUUAUCCGACUCCACCACAGAUGGCGCCCCGACAAUCACCGUGGAGGGAAGUGCUCGUGACGUGGACUCAGUGUCGCUGCUGUCCACCGUGCCCCCACCCCCUGCCCACAUGUACCAAUCCGCCUCAACCAAAGACUGUAGUCCGACUUUGUCGCCCCUCAAUGCUAACAAUUUCCCCAGAACUGUAGUCGAUCCCAGUAGUUUAUCCAGUGGGGUUCGCUGGACUGGAGAAUGUUUCGUUUGCAGGUCGGUGGAACAGCUCAGUUCGCCCUUGGACCAAGAACCAGUUACCGUAGGGAAGCGGCACAAGCAGCCCAGCAGACUGUCGACGCGGGGCGGGACUUGGGGCAGCAUCUCCAGGGUGUUCGCCCGGUCCAGGCACAGGAACAAGGCGAACUCGCUGCAGGAAACCAGCGAAGGCUACGAGCCCUACCGCAGCUGGUCGCCCCUGACCGAGGAAGGCUACGCGGAGAAGCUGCGCCUGCUUCGAGAGGCCAGCUCCAUCCCCAUGGAGCGAUGGAGGGCCCCCACGGUCCUCGCCUGGCUGGAGGUGGCCUUGGGCAUGCCCCAGUACGGCGCCCGAUGCGCCGAGAACAUCAAAAGUGGCAAGAUUGGUCGUUUGAACGGGCAGGUCCUGCUGGAGCUGAGCGACCUGGAGCUCGAAUGUGGACUGGGAAUCUCGCAUCCGAUGCAUCGCAAGAAGAUCCGGCUGGCCAUCGAGGAGCAUCGGCAUCCCGCACUCGUGCGCUAUCCGUGCAUUGCCCAACUGGGCCACACCUGGGUGUCCAGCGAAUGGUUGCCAGACUUGGGACUAUCCCAGUACUCGGACAACUUCGCCUCGAAUAUGGUGGACGCGCGAAUGCUGGAGCAUCUCAGCAAAAAGGAGCUGGAAAAGUACCUGGGCGUGACUAGGAAGUUCCACCAGGCUUCCAUAGUGCACGGCAUCCAUCUGCUGAGGAUAAUGAAGUACGACCGGCAGGCGUUAGCGCUGAGGCGGCAUCAGUGCGAGAACAUGGACGCUGACCCGCUGGUCUGGACGAAUCAGCGCUUCAUCCGCUGGGCUAGGAGCAUCGACCUUGGCGAGUACGCGGACAAUUUGAAAGAUAGCGGCGUGCAUGGGGGCUUGGUGGUGCUGGAACCUUCGUUCAACGGAGACACGAUGGCAACAGCGCUGGGAAUACCGGCGAGCAAGAACAUCAUCCGGCGCCAUCUCACGGCCGAACUGGAGGCUCUCGUGCUGCCCGCCAGAUCCACAUUAGUGCACUAUGUGCGGGUAAGGGCGAAACAAAGAGGGCCGAGCGGCUCUCUCGGACGCUCGUUUUCCAAGUCGUGCGGAGGCCUGACGGCCCCCUCACCCCCACUGGGCGCUGGAGCGGCUGUGGACAGCAAGAGGACCAGCUUAAGGGGUUCGUUGAGCCGCGCCCUCGGCCUGGCGAAGCCCAAACUGCUCACGGAUCGAGAGAAAACGUCGCCAACGUCCAGCUCAGAGGGGUCGUCGGUGAUCAGUAGAAUCAGCCCCCCUUUGCAGUAUCUGGCGUGCAGGUCCUCCAGAUCAGGGGGAGAGUCGCCCAUUUAUGCGCAGCCCUUCGCCCACGCCAACCCCAAGAAUAUCUACCAGCGGCGCUCCGAGGACUACGACAUGUAUGUCUGCAGCUCAAUUGACGAGGGCGACAUUACGAGGAGCAUUCAAAGCAUUCGAUCGGAGAACGACAGCGUGUCCAGAAAGGGUCCAGCUUUCGUUG